UCUCCUACAUCAUCUUCAACGGCGGCGCGUUCUCUUUAACCUGGUCUCGCGCCACGCACAUCCAUCGCUACAAAUGACCUACCCACAACCACACACAGCUCCUCAAAAUCGUAACAGCACAUAAUAUAGGAAGGCACGCACGCGGGGAGGUUACGACGAUGGCGCCAUUUUCACGAUUUCUCUUGGCGGUGGCGCUCCUCCCCGUCGUCGACGUCGCUGCCGGUGCUGCGCCCCGCGGCACGCGCUACUCCGGCAUCUUCAGCUUCGGCGACUCCCUCACCGACACCGGGAACUCGCUGCGUCUAGCGGCCACCGGUUCGGGGCCAUCCAGCCGGCCGCCAUACGGCGAGACCUUCUUCCGCCACCCCACCGGUCGGGCGUCCGACGGCCGGCUCGUCAUCGACUUCAUCGUUGAGGCGCUGGGGCUACCGAACCCAAGGCCGUAUCUCGCCGGCAAGAGUGCAGGCGAUUUCCGGCGCGGCGUGAACUUUGCGGUGGGUGGAUCAACGGCGCUUGGCCCAGAUUUCUUCGACAGCAGAGGGCUUAAGCCGUUCGUGCCUGUUUCUUUCACAAACCAAACCAGCUGGUUCAAGGACGUUUUACAGCUUCUUGGCUCGGUUCACGAGCAGAGAAGGAUGAUGGCGAGGUCGCUGUUCCUGGUCGGAGAGAUUGGAGUCAAUGACUACCUGGUGGCCUUGGGGAACAACACCGUCGGGGCCGGGGAGAUGCGGACCUUCGUGCCGCACAUCGUGGCCGCCGUCCGCUCAGUCCUGACCGAGGUGAUCGCCGCCGGAGCGAAAACGGUCCUAGUUCCGGGCAUGAUACCGCUCGGGUGCGAGCCGCAGCUGCUGGCUCUCUACAGGAGCGGCGACUACGACCCGGAGACCGGAUGCAUCACGGAGCUCAACGAUCUCGCCGAGCUGCACAACCGCGCGCUGAACGGCAUGCUCCGUCAGCUCCGGCGAGCUCACCCGGGCGUGGCCAUCCUCUAUGCAGACCUCUACACCGCCGUCGCCGACUUCAUCGUUUCGCCGCGAAAAUACGGGUUUAGGGAUAAGCCGCUGGCGGCGUGCUGCGGCGGCGGGAAGGGCGCCUACAACUUCAACAUGACGGCCUUCUGCGGCGCGGCGGGGACGGCGGCGUGCGCCGACCCGUCGGAGUUCGUGUCCUGGGAUGGGGUGCACUUCACGGAGGCCGCCAAUAGGCACAUCGCCUGCGCCACGCUCAAGAUCAACUCGCCCACCCUGCUAAACCCGUGGACGGCGGAGGCGAUGCAAAGGGUUAGGUGCGCCGCGUGAAAGGCGACAGCGACAAGGUUUUUUUUGCUUUGCCUUCCACUAUGUGGAAGUCGGCUGGCUCGACGAAAAAUUAAGUAGUGGAGCACGUGUCCCUCCCUCAUUGUCAUCGCACGAACCCUUUUUUGACUAGACAGGCUGCUACCAUCUUGCCGUCCCCGUGUGGGUUAGCUGCAAAACAAAACGUGUUCCCAAACGAUCCACACCGUGAUUGGUUGAAAAAAUUAUAAGAACAAAGGAACUUUAGCUACA